AUGGUGCGUGAUUUUGGGUUUCCUACUACUUCACCUCUUCACUAUGGCCAGUCCGAGAAAAAUCGCCGAGAAUCAAGAAUAUCCAUGAUCUCAACCAGGUUCACAGGCUGUUAUGCACGCGCUCUUUACGACUUUAGCCCAGAAACAGAGCAUGAGGCUGGUAUGAAGAAAGGAGAGGUUGUAUGGAUUCAAUACAAGCAAUGUCGGGGAUGGCUAGUAGCAGAUGUCCGUGACGGAUCUGGCCUUAUCCCGGAAUCUUAUGUGGAAUUUGUCUAA